GGGACACGCCCGUGGCGUGGGGGCGGUGGGAUUUUGACAUGAUGAAGCAUGGGCUACUCGCCUGAGCCUUGCGCUCCGCCAGCGGUUUCAGCGAAUCGCCUCCCGUUUCUCCCCCAACGGACCGCUGCGAGAGAGAAAGCAACAGGUUACAACCAUGUUAUCUGAAGGGCUUGUGCUUCUCUGGAGUUUCCUGUUGGCUGUGAUGGGUAGAGAGGCAGCAGGGUGCGAGUGUCCGAAGGCCACCUUUCUGACCCGCUUCCCCCCUGAGGCACCCCCCGAGUCCUGCUGCCUCAACUACUCCGGCUCCUCUCUGGGCCGUGUGGAGUGGGGGGUGUUCUCUGACCUGAGCAGCCUGGAGGUGCUGGACCUGUCUGACUGUAACAUCACCCACGUCCUGGGUGCCUCCGCCUCCCCCCCCUCACUGCGGGAGCUGUACCUGGGUGGUAACGAGCUGAGGGGGCUGCCCAAGCACUUCCUGUCGGACGCCUCCAGCCUCAGGCUGCUGGACUUGAGGGGGAACCUCCUGGAGAGGCUGCCGGGGGACUUCCUGCAGGGCUCCGGCCUUAUCCGGGAGCUGUGGCUGGACUCUAACCGCCUGCAGAUCCUCCCGCGGAGCGUGUUCAAGGCGAGCCUUGAGCAUCUGGAGCUCUCCAACAACCCGUGGGCCUGCGCCUGCCCUCUGGUGGAGGAGCUGCAGAGGCCUCGGCUUCACGCUGACCGGGGGAACGGCAGCAGCAGCUGGCAGGACGUUGUGGGAAACCUGACCUGCGCCUCACCCGUCGGGCUUGCCGGCAGGAGCGUGUGGACGGUGCCGCCCAGCGAGGUGUGCCAGUCCCCCGGCCUGACCGCCCUCUUCAUCCUGCUGCCCCUGCUCCUCAUCCUCGCCCUGGUGCUGUGCUGGUGCUGCGGCCGGAAGAGGAAGAGGAAGGAGGGCAGCUUCCGCCCGGCCAAGUGGGCCCCCGAGGUGGUCACUACGCAGCACAACGGCUCGGACCGGGACCGGCGGCCGAACCGACCCAAGCCCUGCCAGACGGAGUCGCCGGGCAGCGGCAGGAGGGACGCGCUGCUGAAGAACCAGCUGAUGCUGCGGCCCUCCUCCGACCUACUGAGCAGUAGCCGUGACCUCUACGAGGAGGUCGAGGUCAGGCUGGGCUCCGCCGACUCCCUGGCACCGCCGGCCUCGCAGGACGCCCCGGCGGGCGCCAACCCAGAGCUCCAGGAAGGCCCGGAUGCUUCGGAGGAGGACGACCGGGCUGACCCAGAGACGGUGAGCGUCACUGAGGUCAUGAAGGACUCCGCCGACCGGGAGAAGGCCUACCUCACACAGUCCACAGAGUACUACAGCCUGGUGCCGGGCCUGAGCCUGGAGGACUCAGAUCAGGGGGAGUACGAGAGUGUGGACCUGUCCUGAUGAUGGCUGCAGCCGCGGGCCCUGUCUGUCACAAAUGCGAUCACUGAGACCCGCUUUGGCACCCUGGAACGCCACGGUUCCGUCUAAAGAACACGUCUGCCACCGUGAGCAGUCUGUCUCCUGAAGAUUUUAUGGAUUACAGAUUCUCAGUGGAUUUCUUAAUGUGUCCGUUUAAGCAAAAAUUAUGGAUGGACGUAAUUCAUAUAUUUCCGAAUAUAUGAUCCUGGAAGUGCGUCACUGGGAAAUAUUUAUGUUGUUUACCAAUAAACCGUGAACUAUAUUAAACUUUUUACAUCACAAAAUGUUUUAUGACAGCUGCAUGCUUCCCAUACAAACAUAUUUAAAAUGGAAUGCAGUUUGUGAGUUUGAACACUGGUCGUCUUUUGUUAGUCUAAGCACUUAACUAGCUUGUUACCAUCUAAAUAUUUACCAUGUCCAUAGAAAGUUUUCAUUCUCGUUUGACCUGUUGCCAUGGCAAUGUCCCAUAUUCGUUCUGUGUGUGUGCUUAGCAAAAUGAUUUAAUUUUUGAUGAAUUGACUUGCCUUUAAGUGCAUUAAGGCAACCACAUGAGCAAAUGCCAUUCAGUUGGUGAAUAGCUGGUGAUAUCUGUGAGAUGUGAGU